GGGAACGUUGAUGACAUCAUUAAAGUCAGAAUGGAGUCGUUCGAGGGUCGCGCCUCCUGGUGCCGCACGUGCAGACGACACUCUGGGGACAUCAAUAGAUAUUGUUGCGUGGGAAAUCGCAGAAAAGGCGCAAUGGACCUGGCGCUAACGGAGGUCAGGGACGUCUUGGCGUCGACCUCCCUUGGCGACCUGACCAUUGUCCUCUCGUGUCACCGAAGAAAACCUCCAGGAGGAGCACGCGUCUCGCACGACCUGACCCUAAUAAACUGUAACCGGAGUGUCGGACAAUACGACGGGUCAUCCAGGGACGAUAUAGUUGGACAGGAAGGAACGAUGAUCUGGUACACACGUGGACAUCCUACUAUACGGGAAUUUAGUACUGAGGACAGCUUGAAUAUCCUAUACCAAAGGAAAAGGGGAAGCAAUGGAAAUGCAGGAGGCACUUAGCAGCGGUCAGAGAAUGGAAGAAAUUGCUGGUGGAUAAGUGUGAAAUAUGAAGAGGGCCAAAGUCAAGUGGUUGCAUAUGAAGAGAAGGACGCAAAAGGUUGUCUACCUACGUCAGAGUGCAUGGAUUUGUGCGUCUGCGUCUCUCUGGACCGUGGUGUAUGAGAACGCAUGGAACUCGUAAAUCGUAUCGAGAGAUCGGCCUUACUGGCGCCAUCGCAACUUGAGUUCCACCGGUCCACCCUGGGAGCCGACGGACCUUCUUCUGGAAACAAAGCAGCUAGAGCCAAAAGUCAAAGCCAGCGAAAUGCCCUUCGCUGGUACCCCCAUUUGCGUCCUGGUUCGCUGACAGUUAUCCGCUGCCAAGUCGUUGACAGAAAUAUUGGCAGUCACUGCCAACAGACAAGCCUGAGCUAACUGGGCCAGCCAAAUCCAUUCGAGCUACUAAUGUUAUCAGGAAAUAACCACUGAAAGAGUACAAAUUUUAUAAAAUACAUUUAAAAAAAAAAACCUCUGUCCACUUUUAAAGUCUAUGGCUAUAUUGACUUUGGAUGUUCAUCCCUGAAAUUGCACCCUUGUCCAAUUCCACAUAAUCGCAAGGGUUAUAAUCGAGAAUUGUGUCUAGUGAUCAGGACACAUCACUCUUAUCACGAGCUCUAAAAAAGGUACUGUGCAACAAGGGGCCAGUCGAGAUAAGAAAUAAAAUAGUAAGGACUGUAUGAGCUUAGCAUAAUAGUAGCAAUAGUAGUGUAGUAGGGAUAAAAGUGAGUGUUGUAUAUCGUGUAAGAGAUCCCCAUGACGUAGUGCGACGCCCACCAUGGGGAACAGAAGUGUAAUCCGAGAUGCGGAGGGCGUCGCCAGAGAUUCGCCUCUUCGGCUUCCUGGCAACGAAGCGUUUCAACGCUGUGACAUUAGCGCCAGGUCUGGGAACAUUUUGAAAAGGGGAGAGCAAAUUUAUCAGAAUUCUUUUUGGCGGUGGUGUAACUGUUAUCCCAUUAUUCUAAUAUAAGAUCUGGCCAAUCGGGAGCGGCAGUGCAUAUUGAUGGUAACGGGGUCGACAGUGGGGUCGGACUUUUUGCCAAGGGCACUCGAGUAGCGCGGGUGCUACCCUGGGAAAAAGGGAGAUAAACCCACUUAAGAUUCUAAGCUAAUUUAACUUAAAGUCAAGUCGACGCUGUUUUCAGAUUCUUUCACUCUAAUUGCCCCAUUCGGUACAUAUAGUAUAGCCACAAGUAACAGAAAUCUCUAUAUAUUAAUAUCUUAAUGUGAAUUCCUUGUAUCGGUGAAGAUUCGCGAUUGAAUUAAAUAAAAAUUCGUAUGCUUCAA